CGUGAUCGAGACGGGUUAGGGCGGCCGUCGCGCGCCUUCCUUCGUUGCCCAACCCAAGCACCCUUCCCACUACAGCCUUUGACGAAUGAAGUCGGUGUCGAUCUGCGCGAUUCUUGCGGCCGUGGCUGCUGCCACAACCACCACGGUGGCGCCGUCGACGACGGACCGCUGCACGGAAGCCCAGUACAAGGUCGUGGACGACGCGUCCAAGGCGAGUUGGUACCAUGGUCUGUGUGCAUUCAGCAUCGGUGUGUCGAGUGAAACUUUGGACAAGCACCAAGUGCUGUCGGAAGAAGUCGAAGCCAAGUUUGCCAAGUCCACGUCGUGCAAGUGGUUAUACGGUGACAUUCAAAAGGCCGCCGCGACCCAAUCGUGCUACGAGCUCGACUUGAUUGCGCACCACAUCACGUGGCCCAUGGUUGUCGCGUUGAUGGAUGUCGAGUCGUACCCCAAGGUGACCGGUGCCAAAUGCUCCAAGGUCGAGCUCACGGCUGCCUUUGCUGGCCUCGCGACCAAGCCGACGUUUUUCAGCUGCAUUGGAACCUCGUCCAAGGACUUGUUCACUGUGCCCGAUCACGCCCGCGUCGACGCACUCCGCGCGAACCCGACCUGCGCCGAACUCUUUUCGGAACUCCAAGCGACCGUUGAAACGCUGCCGCACUGCGCCAUUGACGAAAAGGGCACGGACAUCCACGUAUUGACCAAGCUCAACUGGAACGUGACCCUGGACUGGCUAGCUAUCCUUGGCAACGCCACGACUGCGCCCAGCGUGCCUGGAGCGGUCAAGUUCGCCGUCGCCUACGUGCAUCCUUCUUCUCACAACAUGACGGGCUUGAUUGCUGGCGGCGUCGUCGGAUUCGCCCUUGUUGUACUGGCUGCGAUGGUCGCGAUGAAGAAACGUCAGGACACCGCCGCUGCCAUGCGCCGUGAAGAACGCACCACGUUGUUGCGUGUUUAAACCAUCUCCAGUGUAUAGCUGUAGAAUUCAAGGUAGUUCUACCGCCGCGACGUUAAAGUUAUGCAUGGUUGAUGCAUCGAUCUUGACAGCGCUAUCAAGCG